AUGCGCCUUGCGUUCAUGACCUGCAGCUACAACAAAGAUCUAUUCGUAGGAAAGGAACUUCGCAGAGGCUCUCCCCACCCCCUGCAGCGCCUGGCGAGCGUCUACGAUGUUGUGUUGGUUGCACGGCAUUGGCAUGCUCGUGCACAGGUCUCAAAAGUGAAACUGCCCACAGCAGGCUUGCAACGCUGCUCACAAGCACAUUCCCGGCUAGUCUAG